AUGGUGAAUUCACCAUCAAAAAAAAGGGCAUUGAAUACAUUAGAAGAUAAAAACGAAAAUAAAAACAUGGUUAGUAAAAAAAAUAAUACUGUUGAUACUGUAGAAGAUAUGGAAGAAGGCAACGAUAGCGUUGUAGGUGAAAAUAAGAAUGACUUUUUGAAAAAAGAUAAAAGGAAGAAGAAAGAAAAAAAAAAUAAAGAUAUAGAAGAAGAUGACGAUGACGGAAAUGAUGAGGAUGCAUUAAAGAAAUUCUCUGUUGACAGUAGCGAAAAUGACGAUGACGAGGACAGAGAUGAUGAUGACGACGAUGACGAUGAAGAUGAUGAUGAUGAUGAUGAAGAUGAUGAUGAAGACGAUGAUGAUGAAGAUGACGACGAUGAUGAUGAUGAUGACGACGAUGACGAUGAUGGAGAUGAUGACGAUGAUGAUGAUGAUGAUGACGACGAUGAUGAUGAUGAUGACGACGAUGACGAUGAUGGAGAUGAUGACGAUGAUGAUGAUGACGACGAUGAAGAUUUUGAAGAUAUGGAUGACGAUGAUGAUGAUGAUGACGAUGACGACGAUGAUGAAGACGAUGACGAUGAUGAAGAUGAUGAAGAUGAUGAGGAUGAAGAUGAUGACGACGAUGAUUCUAAAAAGGAAGGUGGAUCAAAUGCAAAAAAAGAUAGUGACGACGAAGGUUUUGACUAA